AUGGUAAUACUGUACAACGACACCGGACAAAAAAUGCAAACCAUACAACACAACAAAGAAGGUAAGAAGUUGUUUAGGGAUCCUCUCUACAUAACAGAGAACCACAAUGGAGAUAUCAUUGUGUCUGACUUGGGCCUAAGUGCUGUAUCUGUAACAGAGCGUGGAGGAAGUCAUCGAUUCUACUACAGUAGAGGUAUAUCUAGGAAUCGAUUUAAUCCACGAGAAAUCUGUACGGAUGCUAUGUCACACAUCCUGGUCUGUGAUAUUGAAACCGAUAGAAUAAACAUGAUUGAUAAGGACGGUAACUUCCUAUCAGAAUUUUUAACAAACGAGCAAGGGAUAGACCAACCAUACUGCCUGCAUGGGUUAUAA